GCAAGAAUAAAAUAUAAGUACGACUUUUCGAGGAUAUCCCACUGGUAUAUCCGCAUUAAAGCCACUGUGAAGGAGGUUGCAUUUUCAUAUCGAGGCCGUUGUACCAUCGACCAUGUUGGACCAUGCGGUAAAGUUUCAAGAGACGAAAUUUUGAAAGAAUCAACUGAUUUUGGUUCAGGAAAGCCAUGGAGGACUUUCCAAGAGGAGGUGCAAGUGCGCUUUCACCACUUGAAGUCAGGAAGAUCAAAGAAAGUGCCGCAAAAGAUGUUUUAUUUGGGAAAACCAUUGAAAAAGAAGCAGGGAAGCCAAAAAAGAAGGUAAAGGAGGAUGUAGAAGAGGAAGGCACGUUAAUUUAUGAUCCAGAUUUAAUAUCAGUAGAGUCAUUGACAUUCAAGAGGGUUGUUGAAGGUAUGAAAGUGCUGGGUUGCAUCAAAGAUAUACAGAAGAUGGAAAUUGUAGUUAGUUUGCCAAAUUCCAUGACUGGAUUUGUCCCAAUAACCUGUGUCAAUGAAAUGCUCACCAAUCAGCUCCAGAAAUCUUUAAAUGAAGAGAAUGAAGAUGAUGAGGAAGCGAAUGAAAGCAGUGUUUUACCCAGCCUAGAUCACUUAUUCAAAGUUGGACAAUUUGUACCAUUAGUGGUUAAAAAGCUUGACUUAUCAAAAUAUGGCUACAAAAAAAUAUCACUAUCACUGGACCCAAAGGAUCUAAAUCAUGGCUUAAAAGUAUCCCAAAUGGUUGAAAAUAUGCUUGUAUGGGGAUAUGUAUCAAGUAUUGAAGAUCAUGGUUGUAUUGUUUCAUUUGGAACUGAUGGUGUUAGUGGCUUCAUUUCAAAGAACAAGGAAGGGGAGCUGAAGUUAGGACAUGUCCAAUGGUUUUUGGUGCAAAAGGUGGGCAGCAGAGUGUUGAAUGUUAGUUCAAAUAUGAACGAAAUAAUAGCUGCCAAGUAUAAACCAGACAAAGACCUGGCACUGGAGAGUUUGUAUCCUGGUGCGCUUGUAAAUGCCAGUACAAAAAAGGUUUCAAGUAGAGGAGUCGUUGUCUCAUUCAGUGGUUUUAAAGGGGUCAUUGACUCACUCCAUCUCCCUGGCCAUGGUGCCAAAACGGAAAACAAAGACAAAGACAAGAAAACGAUGACAUGCAGAAUAAUUUACGUCAAUCCAUUGAGCAAGAUGAUUGGCUUAUCAGCAACAAGCGACCUUGUGAACCUACGGUCAGACGUUGAUACGGAAAAUUUCAUCGGAGACAUCCACAACUGCACCAUAGAGACAGUCGAUUCUAAACGAGGAUUGGUUGUUGAACUCAGUAAUGGGAAAAAGGGAUACGUUAAUAUAUCGAAAGUUUCCGACAAGAAAAUUGACAAAAUUGGGAAGAAAUUUAAAGUCGGCUCUGUUCACAAGGGCAGGAUUAUAAAUUACAAUGGAUUGGAUGGCCUUUACCUAUUAUCAAUGCAAAAAUCAACCUUAGAGCGCCCUUUUCUCAGAUACGCUGAUAUCAAGCCAGGCAUGGUUGUUGAAGGCACAAUAGUUACGCUUGAAGACUUUGGGAUUUUAGUGAAGCUGUCUGAUCAAAUCAAAGGCCUAUGUCCGAAGUUACACUUGGCUGACAUCAAUUUGAAGCAUCCUGAAAAGAAAUUCGUAGACGGCAAGAGUGUCAAAUGCCGGGUUAUUGCAGUGAAACCCGAGAAAAAGCGUCUUACGUUGACUCACAAGAAGACUUUGGUCAAUUCUGAGCUGCCAAUCGUAACAAGUUACAGUAAACUUGAGAGGGGUAUGGAAGUUCAUGGCUACAUCGACAGCAUUAGGGAUUUCGGACUGAUAAUCAAGUUUUACAAUUACGUCAAAGGACUUGCACCCAUUGCUCAUUUGAGUCUACAGGAGGGCGACAAAAUUGAAGAUGUGUUCUAUAUUGGCCAAGUCGUAAAAUGCAGAGUUCUGUAUAGCAAUGCUGAGACUAAAAAGCUGACCCUUACGUUCAAGAGCUUAGAGGAACUAAAUAGCAGAGUCGAAAAUGCAAAGGUUUCCUUGAAAGUAUUCGAGAAAACUGACGGGCAGCUGCUGGAAGUGAAAAGUGACAGUCUGGUCAUCCAACUGCCACACGGUGGAAAAGUACACUUGAGCAAGGAGCAUCUGUCAGAUUUUGAUUGCAAUACAAGUGGAUGGAUGUUUUUGUAUGGAGCUGAUAAAGAUCGCUUUAGUGAUCUGAAAGAUUUAGUGCAUCUUGGAGUUCAAAAGACAAGACGCAUCGUAUCGAAGAAGGAACUGAUUAACUUAGUUGCAGAAUCAAAAGAGUUCGUUACAGAUUUCAGUCAAAUAAAGGUUGGGCUCCAAACUGUCGGUGUUGUGCAUCAUAUUAUGCAGUAUGGAAUCUUCGUUGAGCUGGCUCCUGGAAUAGUUGGCCUAGCCCCGAAUUCGAACAUCGCCAGCUACUUUGUAUCAAGCCCAUCGAAUAAUUUCCAUGUCGGGCAGACAGUUUUGGUCAAGGUGAGCGAAGUUGACGAAGAGAGAAAAAGGUUUCUGGUGACCUUAAACCCCAAGGAAGUGACAUUGGCUGAUUCCAAAAGCUUAAGCAAUGCAGUUAAAGGAGAAAACCUUUUAUGCUCUCUAUUAAAAGAAAAAGAAGAAGUACUAACUGCAAUGAAGCAGCUUCCAGCUGGUCAUAUCCAACUUCUGCCUGAUUUGGUGGGACAACUGGUUAAUGCAAAGGUGAUGUCAGUAAAGCAGGAAGGCGUGAGUUUGCAAACUGAAAAUGGCACACAGGGUUUUAUUCCAGCCAAGCUGAGAGCAGGUAUUGACGUUGAGACUGGUGAUGUCAUCAAAUGCCUAGCAAUUGACAUUGAUUUGGAAAAGUUUUUAUUCAUUGGCACGUUGUUGCCAGAAAUUAUCGAUAUUGUUGGAUCAGGCAACAAAAAGAAGAAAAAGUUAAAAUCUGGAGACGAUGUUGAAGUCAUAGUCCAGCUUGUCUCCGCGGAUUAUAUUUUAGCUGCUGUUCCCGAUCGUGCCAUUCCAGUAGCAUAUAUCGUCGCCAGAGAGCACUUAAAUGACAUUCGAGACGCCGAAAAGCGGUAUUUUAUUGGACAGAAAUUACGGGCGACGAUCGCAAGUACCGCCCUGUCUAGGCCAAUACUUAUUUGCCAAGAUACUUUUGAUGGAGGCAAGCCAAAGUUGGGCGAAAUCGUAACUGCGAGUGUCAAGGCGAUAAAGGCAAGUCAACUCAACGUCUCAAUCCGAAACACAAACCUUCAUGGAAGGAUUUUCAUAUCAGAAAUAUGGGAUGAAAUCAAGGCGGGUCAGUGCCCAUUAGAUGGGUUCAAAAAUGGCGAUUUAGUUCGGUGCAAACUGAUCGGGUUUCGAGAUUUUAAAACCAGCAAUUACCUGCCAAUUUCACAUCAACAUUCUACGAAAGUUUUGGCAGAGCUUUCCUGUCGGCCCAGUGUCAUCAACAGCUCAAAUGUUGAAUCACUCUCCGAACCAAAGGCAGCUUCACAGUUCAAGAAAGGAGAGACGGUUCCUUGUUUUGUGAAAGCGGUCUCUGAAAGUUUCUUGACGGUUUUUGUCAACCCAAGGGUUUACGGCAAAGUAGCCAUUCUUCAUUCAUCAACCGACAAGAAGGUCCUCAAGCACUUCACUUCAAAUUUCAAACAUGGUGCCGUGUACAACGCAACAGUUCUGCACGAUGGAAACAAAGACGAAAAUCUUGAAUUGUCUUUAGUUGGCAAUAUUACGGAUGAAGUGAAGAAAAAUGGAAUCGUUUGCGGAAAGAUAACAAAGGUCCUGUCUCGCUCCGGUUUGCUGGUAGAGCUGCCCGGACACAAAUGCGGACUAGCGCAUAUAACUGAAUUGUAUGAUGAAUAUAAAGAAAAUCCAUUGGAAGAGUUCAAGCCAAAGAUGUUUGUUAAAUGCUGCAUCCUGUCUGUUAGAGAUGAUGAUCAAAUAGACUUGUCUCUGAGACCUUCAAGAACUACUCCGGAAGAGACCGAGAUGAAAGAGAUAAAAGAUCGUGCCAUCCACUCCUUGGAUGACAUUCAUGAGAAUGAUAUCAUCCGAGGUUACGUCAAGUCUGCAUCUUCAUGUGGAGUUUUUGUUAAUCUGUCAUCGAAAAUUGUUGGUCGUGUACAAAUAAAAAACCUUUCGAAAUAUUUCGUGAAGAACUGGCAAGAACUCUUUCCUGUGGGAAAACUUGUGAAGGCUAAAGUUCUCAGUAUUAAUCCAAGCACAAAUCAAAUAGAACUCUCGUUGCGUGGUCCUGAUGUAAAUGACGUAGACCCUGCUCCUCCUCCUCCAAAGCGGCGUUCGACAGAGAAUACAGGCUCUGAGCCCAGCAAAAAGCGAACGAGAAGAACAAGUGGCGAUCUUAAGAUAGAGUUGCAGAAAGACACAGACAGUGAUGAUGACGAAUUGCUUCUUUUUAAAGACGAUGAAUCCGAUUCCGACAAGGAGGAGACUAUCGAAAACAAAGAGGUGAAAGAAAAUAAAGAAAUGACACGGCUAAAGCUUCCAAGUGAUUUCGAUUGGAAUGCAAAUCUGAACGAAGAGGCGCAGAAAAGAAAGCAUGAUUCAGACUCCGAAUCAGAAGAAGACGACGAACAGGCCCCAUCAGCCAAGAAGUCGAAAAGACAGAAAAGAGCAGAGAAAAAAGCUGAAGAAGAAUAUCUGUACAAGACCGAGUUGGCACUGCUUGAUAAAGAUCGAGGCCCUGAGACCGCAGAUGAUUACGAUCGCAUGCUGCUUGGCUCUCCUAACAACUCAAUGCUUUGGAUCCAAUACAUGGCUUUCUUUCUGAACUCAGCUGAUAUCGAUAAAGCGCGAACAGUGGUGGAACGGGCUCUCAAGACAAUCUCUUUCAGAGAAGAGAAAGAAAAACUGAAUGUGUGGAUUGCCUCCUUGAAUUUGGAAUGUCUUUACGGGACUGACGAGACAGUGCAAAAUGUUUUCAAUGAAGCAGUGAAACGAAACGAACCGAAAAAGAUUUAUUUGAAAAUGGCUGAUAUUUAUAUUCGCAACAAUAAACCUGAGAAAGCUGAAAAGCUGUAUCAAGUGAUGACCAAGCGAUUUAAUACAAGUAAAAAAGUUUGGAUCAGUUACGGAUUUUAUUUGAUGAAGAAUGGCAAGGCUGAAGCAGCAAGAAAACUGCUCCAGAGGAGUUUCCAGUCCUUGCCUGUCAGAAAACAUAUCAAUACCAUCCUAAAAUUCGCCUUGAUGGAAUUCAAGUUUGGUGAGGCAGAAAAAGGCGUCACAAUGUUUGAAAGUGUACUGAAAAAUCACCCAAAGAGGACGGACAUCUGGUCAGUUUACAUCGAUAUGCUAAUCAAAGAUGGGGAAUAUGAACAAGUCAGGAACGUUUUCGAAAAGGUUUUAACACUGAACUUAUCCACGAAAAAAGUGAAGUUUGUAUUCAAACGUUAUCUUGAAUUUGAGAAGAAGCAUGGGGACGAAAAACGAGUGGAGGGUGUCAAAACCAAAGCAUUGGAAUAUGUUGCAAGCAAAAAUGAUAUGAGCUAAAAUUUCAUGAAUUACAAUUGAUAGCUUAUCGUUAGAGUAUUUUAAAGUAGCUUAAUGAUAUUUCUGUAAAGGUGUUUUUAGCUAUGCAUAAAUAUCGUGUCCCUACAUUUCGAGACUUAAUGACCACUGGUUAUAAUCAAGGACGGCUAACUUGAAUAAGAUGUGUUGCUUUUCACCUUCAAAAAGAGAGAAGGUAUUCAUACUUAUCUGUCCAGCCAAUGGUAUCGUGCAAGUUUUCCCCCAGAGCUCAGUGUCCCUUACAACCCUCUUCCAGCCUGAUUUCUUGGUCAACAUCUUGAAAUUGCAAACUUUGCUUGGCUCUAGGCAGAGAGAAAUUCAGUUAAAAAAUUUGUUAUAUUGCUUAAAACAACUGGACAACUUACAUGAUUGUAUAAGUUAGAAAUUGUGUUUGCCCAAAUCUCGUCUUAAUGCAAGAAAUUACAAAACGUAACUAGCAAAAGGGGGAAUAAUUUUAAAGCAGCUAGUUGCUUUGGAAGGCUGUCAGUUAUUUUUGGGCCAUGAAUAAACCUUUAAAAAGGGAUAGGCAAAUAGGAUAGCUAACUAAACACAUGCAGUGAAAAGUUUCAUUUAAAGCAAAAUAGAGCAUUUGAACACGUAGAAAACCAAUUUUCUCCAUAGCUUUCCACCUAUAUACUUAUCAUGAGGUACAAUGAACCUCAUUAAUAUUUUUGCUCAUAUAUAUUAAUGGUACUAAACUAUGUACGAAGUAAACUUACUCAAAAGAAAACGCUUUCAGUUUUGCGAAUAUCUGAUUUAUUUACAAACAGUUAAAAAUGGAAACUAUUUUAAUUCCUCCUUUCCAAAACACCAAAAGCGCCAUUAAUUUUACGGAAAAUCAAAGGUCUGAAAACUCAUCGUUUUUGCAAAAAUGCAGGUUUUCUGCCAAAAAAUAUUGAUUUCCAGUAAUUUCUAGUAAUAUUAAAUCAUUUUGGUUAACCUAUAGUCUUCAUUUUUGUAAUAAAAAUUGAAACUCUGAAAAAUAACGAUUUUCUUAAAAAUUCAAGCAAGGUUUAUCAACAUUUAUUCAUUUCUGGCUGUUUCUGAUCAGGUUAGACCUAAUCACCUAAAUAUUUCUGCCAAAAUAUACUAGGAAAACUGCCCUAGCGAAAUUCCACCCUUUUGGUAAGCCUAUAGCCUUGCUUUCUGAAAAAACAUCGACGUUUCUAACAAGCUCAAUUUUUGAAUACUCGAGCUUUGCUGACCAAGUUAAAACGAUUUUAAAUGGAAAACUAGAUUCAAUCAUAGUGUAUUCUGAUCAUAGAGAAGCUAUUCAUGCUGAUACAAAAAGAAAAAAUUUUCGAAAAAAAAUCAACGAUUUUCCUAAGGCUAUAACCUUACUUUUUUAUCAAAAAUUGACCCCUCCAAAAAGUCGUGAUUUUCUUAAAAAAACGACUUUAAAUGGAAAACUAGAUUCAAUCAUAGUAUAUUCUGAUCAUAGAGAAUCUAUUCAUGCUGUUACAAGAAGAAGAAAUUUUCGAAAAAAAACAACGAUUUUCCUAAGGCUAUAACUUUACUUUUUUAUCAAAAAUUGCUCCUCCAAAAAGUCGUGAUUUUCUUAAAAAAAACGACUUUAAAUGGAAAACUAGAUUCAAUCAUAGUUUAUUCUGAUCAUAGAGAAGCUAUUCAUGCUGUUACAAGAAGAAAAAAUUUUCGAAAAAAACAACGAUUUUCCUAAGGCUAUAACCUCACUUUUUUAUCAAAAAUUGACCCCUCCAAAAAGUCGCGAUUUUCUUAAAAAAACGACUUUAAAUGGAGAACUAGAUUCAAUCAUAGUAUAUUCUGAUCAUACAGAAGCUAUUCAUGCUGUUACAAGAAGAAAAAAUUUUCGAAAAAAAACAACGAUUUUCCUAAGGCUAUAACCUUACUUUUUUAUCAAAAAUUGACCCCUCCAAAAAGUCGCGAUUUUCUUAAAAAAAACGACUUUAAAUGGAAAACUAGAUUCAAUCAUAGUAUAUUCUGAU